CUUAAAUUUCUGAACUCUCUGAUUUUGGCUCUCUGUUUGCACUUCACUUCUCACGCCUCGACGGAGCCCCCAACGUCUCCUCACACUUCCCCUCUUUCUAUCUUAGAAUAUAUAUUCAUCUCUCUCUCGUCUUCUUAUCUUCUCAUUCUCUCUCUCUGCUGCAGUUUAGUUUCCCUGAUCUGAUUCGCCAAAAUGCAGAGCACGGCAAUCUCGUUUUCUCCGUCGAUUUCACUUCCUAAGAAGCCUCACAACCCUUCUAGUUCAGCUUCGUUGUUCAGAUUCAAUCCUUUAUCUGCUCAGUCUUCUCGACCGACGCUUCGUUUUGGCUGUCUAAAUGGCUCCGUAGCUCGGAAAAUCAAUCCUAUUCGUUGCUCAGCUGAUUCGUUGAAUCGUAAUGGAUGGAUUUCGGUUCCGCCGCCGGCUCCCGAGCGUGAAUCGGACGGAGUGGAGGUUCGGGCCACAUCCGUGCCCGAGAGUGCUGGAGAGGCCCCUAAAUCCAAGCCUUUGACGGAUACUUUGGUGCUCGGAUCGCUUUUCGGCCUUUGGUAUCUAUUUAACAUUUACUUCAACAUUUACAACAAACAGGUCCUGAAAGCGUUCCAUUACCCAGUUACAGUGACUCUCGUGCAAUUUGCCGUUGGCAGUGUCCUUGUAAUUCUAAUGUGGACUCUCAAUCUAUAUAAAAGGCCAAAAAUCAGUGGUGCACAGCUUGUUGCAAUUUUGCCGUUGGCAGUGGUGCAUACCUUGGGCAACCUUUUCACCAACAUGAGUCUUGGAAAAGUUGCUGUAUCAUUCACUCACACUAUUAAAGCUAUGGAGCCAUUCUUCUCCGUUGUUCUCUCUGCUAUGUUCUUGGGCGAGUUCCCUACCAUAUGGGUUAUGUCUUCUCUUGUACCAAUUGUUGGUGGAGUGGCACUGGCAUCGUUGACCGAGGCCUCUUUUAAUUGGGCUGGAUUUUGGAGCGCAAUGGCCUCUAAUUUAACCAAUCAAUCUCGUAAUGUCCUCAGCAAGAAGUUUAUGGUUCGGAAGGAGGACUCAUUGGAUAAUAUUACUCUCUUUUCAAUAAUCACAAUCAUGUCCUUUUUCUUGCUGGCCCCGUACGCCUUUUUCGCGGAAGGUGUCAAGUUCACCCCAGCAUACCUGGAAGCUGCAGGAGUGAAUGUCAACCAGCUGUACACAAGGUCUCUCAUUGCUGCUCUCUGCUUCCAUGCUUAUCAGCAGGUUUCUUACAUGAUAUUGCAAAGGGUAUCUCCUGUUACUCAUUCUGUGGGUAACUGUGUGAAGCGAGUGGUGGUUAUUGUGACUUCCGUGCUCUUCUUCCGCACACCUGUUUCUCCCAUUAACGGUUUGGGCACUGGAGUGGCCCUUGCUGGAGUUUUCCUAUAUUCAAGGGUGAAGCGCAUUAAACCUAAGGCAAAAACGGAAUGAAGUCUAGAUCAAUUUUGAUGGGUGUUAUAUGUUUCGUAAUGUACGGCAUGCUUAGGACCCAAGUACCUUCAGCCGUUCAGCGGGCGCUGAAAACAUCGAAGAGUUGGGGAGAGUUUGUCAUAUUUGAUUACAUCAUACCAUUGCUUUCAAAAUA